UCGCGCAUGCGCACUUCACUCCGCUGGCAAAAGCUAGCUGGAAGGUGAGCAGAGCGCUAACAUCAAAAGUAACACUUUAGUCUAUUAAGUUUGAGCCAACAAACUUUAUUAUUCACGAGAAAGGUACAAAUCAACAUUUUCUGCUAAAUGGACUGACGUUUUAUGUCUUUGUUACUAAACAGAAGCCAAAAAUGUGAAUUGUUUGUCAGUCAAACAGAAGCGAAUGCACUGGUUAAGCUAGCUUUAGCCUCGGCUAACCAGUCGAUUCGCUGUUUGCUAACUGAGUUCGCGUGGCAGUGUUUGAGGAGGGAGGAAGCUACUUUACUCGUGUUAACGAACGUGUUGAACUCCGAUCUGCUCUGAUUCAGCGACCUCCUAAAACAGCCCGCGACCCAUCAUGGCAGAUUUCGACUUCUCCACUGCAGAUGCUGGGGCGUCAGCCACGUACCCCAUGCAGUGUUCUGCACUGAGGAAAAACGGCUUUGUCAUGUUAAAAGGUCGUCCAUGUAAAAUAGUCGAAAUGUCUACCUCAAAGACCGGCAAGCACGGCCAUGCUAAGGUGCACCUUACCGGACUCGACAUCUUUACUCAGAAGAAGUAUGAAGAUAUCUGCCCGUCUACUCAUAACAUGGAUGUUCCAAAUGUGACGAGGAAGGAUUACCAGGUGAUCGAUGUCUCGGAUGGUUUCUUGUCGCUCAUGGAUGAUAACGGAGAAACCAGGGAGGAUCUCAAAGUGCCUGAAGGGGAUUUGGGCAAAGAAAUCGAGAAGAAGAACAGCAGCGGGGAUCCGUUCAUGGUCUCCGUGUUGAAAGCCGUGGAUGAGGAGGAUGUAGUCGCUACAAAGAACAUGACCUCUUAAUUAAUCCCCACCCCACCCACACACACAUAUUUGGAUCUGGUCCGGUCCAGUUUCACUGCAGACACACUCGCUCUCCAUUCCUUUGGAAGUCCGCGCUGGCUUUUCUCCUCCAGGCAUUCACGACCACAUUCCAGCAUCUCCCAGCAUUCCUAGCAGCCUUUAACCAUCAGCUUCUUAGGGUUCAAAUCCCUUUUAAUCCUUUUAGAAGGUAACGCCUUCUUAUCUAGUUAAUUAGCUUCUCUAAAAAACGCCUUUAGUUGAUUUUAUCUGUAGCGUGGCUCCACGCCGCGAGCGCUAGCGGCUUGAUCCAACUCCCAGUUCAGAGAGCCCACAAACACCACUCCAUUAAUUAUCCCCGAUAACGUCCACGCACACAAACCGCUCUUUAAAUGCCUUAGUGAAUUUGUUUCUACGUCGGAACUGACGUCUUUGGGUGGGGCCGUUUGCUUCUCCGUGCUCUUCAACUCACCGUCCACUUGAGGCCUUUUCGAGUCGUAAAUGUUGAGUUUGACCGAACAAAACCUUCAUUAUUAUUUUCUGAGAACAAAGAUAAACUAUAUCUGCAUAACUGCAAUAAAACAAACUUAAAGGAA